CAGAGAGAAGUGAAGCGGAGAGGUACAAUAUUAGCGUAGUUAGCCCGCCGUCGGAUUAUCUGCGUUAGAGCAGAUUUAGUUAAAUUAGGAGUUACAUAGUAAAUCUGAUGAAUUUGUGGACUUCAGGUAAUUUUAAUUUUACAGGGCUCGGAUCGAUCUACAUGGACUACGUCGAUUAAAAGGUUUGUCAAGGUAACUCAAAAUGCCAUACGGAAAGAUUGUCGUGAUAAAGAGGGGAGGAGGAGAUGGAACUGAGUUUCCUCUAACCGCACCAUGUCUCUUUGGAAGGAAGCAAGAAUGUGAUAUUCGUAUCCAGCUGCCUCAUGUAUCUAAAGAACACUGUCGGGUGGAACUGAAUGAAAAUAAAGAGGUGAUCCUCACUAACAUGAGUUCGGUGAACCCGACUCGUGUGAACGGGGAAGAGCUGCAGCAGGCGGAACGUCUGAAGCAUGGUGACGUAAUCACAAUUAUUGACCGUUGUUUCAGGUUUGAGUCUCCUCCACAACAGACGCCAAAGAAAUCUUCGGUCUCUGGCAAAGCAGAUACUCAGGUUCUGCACGAGCAGUUGAGAACCCCAGGAGUGAACCGGACGUCUGAGAUCUCAACAGGCCCCCGUCUGAAAGAUGGCGCAAACAAUGACAACAUCCAGCGAUCCCUGGAUAAGACCAUGGAGGUGGAGUCCAAGGAUGACAAGACCGACUCCCCCUUCAACGAGCUGUACCAGAUGAUCAAGCAUUCUCUGGUGACUCCACGCAAACCGUCCGGACAGCAGUCCCAGACACCCGCAACCAAGAGCGGCACCCCCAGGUCUCAGCCCGGGCAUAUCACUAAAGUGGUUGUGCAGCCUGCUGCUGCCACACCAGACGUGGUGAGCCUCCCCAGCAGAGAUGAGAUCAAGAGCCAGGUGGUUGCACCUGCAAAGUCCCCGAAGAAGCAGACUCCAAAAACCUCCCUACCCGCUCAGGAGACGCCCAAAAAGACGGGUCUGUCUCUGCCUGCCGAAACCCCCAGCAACCUGGAGGCGAGCGCAGCACCUGAGGAAGAGACCACGCAGGAUGCCAUUGCCGAAGCGACCUGUGCCACACCCACUCGCGCCUCAGUGAAGCCCUCUCCAAGGGUGUCACCUCGCAGUGUUGAGAAGUUGAUCAAGGCCCACAGUUUAAAGAAGGAGCUGGCAGCAAAGACGGCAGCAAGUGAGAUACUGGCAGCAAAGAAAAGGGAAAUGGAAGCUUCAGCCAGCCCAAUGACGAUGAGGAAGCGCGUGUCAUUCGGAGGCCACCUGAGCCCCGAGCUGUUUGACAAACGCCUGCCCCCGAGCUCCCCUCUACAGAAGGGGGCCACCCCGCGACGCAGCCUCAGCGUGGCUCGACCCAAACAGUCGCUCCUCAGACGGGCCUCAGCUAUGGGCUUGGUCAAGGAGUUUGACGAAGUAAAAAGCCAGAAGACCAAGUCUCCAAAGGCCAAGACUCCCUCGCCCGCCAAGAAGUCGCCAAAGGUCAAGGCGGCGUCUCCCAAAGCCCCUUCAUCAGCCAAGAAGUCGCCGAAGGCAAAGUCUGGCCCGCCUUCAAACGACCAGUCUCCCACCGUCAAUGGGCGCUUCUCCGUUUCACGCAUUAACACGCCGUCGCCCAACGCCGAACUGGAGACCGCCACCCCGAAACUGCCCCUGAAGAGGAAGAGCAUCGCUAGGAAGAGCAUCGCUCGGAAGACGCCCAAGACCACCCUGAAGAAUGCGGCCGAGGUUCUGCGCAGAAGAAGUGGAGUUUCAAGGGCAUCUUUGAAGGUUGUGAAUUCCUGGGUGGACAUUGUGAAGUUUGGCCAGGCCAAGCCGGUGGUCGCCCUAUGCAAGGGUCGGGCUGCCCCACAGAAGGUGAAGAAGGCUGUGGUGGCUCUACCCAUGACCCCUGCUAAGAAGUGCCCUCACGGCCAUGUGACCACUGGCCAUGCUGAUUCACCUGUCACUAUUGUCGUCGGCAAAGCCUUCAAUCAACGGGCCGUUCAAGCAGCAGGGGCUGCUCCCAAGCUGGUCCAGAAUAUCGCUCUUCUGAAGAAGAACAUGAAAGUAGAUCAAGACCUGACCGGAAUCGCCGAUAUCUUCACCACCCCAGUCAACGCAAGGAAGAGGAAAUCUGACCUGAUGGCGAAGACCUCCACAGAGACUCCCGCCACAGCGCUCUCUACAUCCGCCGUCGAAAUGUCCGUCAUGAACACGCCAGAGGAGACCGGUGAAAUGGUCGUUUCCCCAAUAGGGGUUGGCUCCACAACAAAGCGCGGCACAUUCAACCGCGAGGCGGUGCAGCGUCUCCUGCAGAGUGAGGAGGGCUCCAGCUUCGUGGAUGACGCCGUGCAGGCCUCCAGCCAAGUGGUCGACACCAAGGAGGCCACCCCCAAGCAGAAGCCCGCCCAGAGGGCCGCGGGGACCCCCAAGCAGAAAGCCGAGCCCAUCGAGGACCUCCGGGGAAACCUCCUGAAGACACCCAAGCAGAAGCCGCAGCAGCCAGACGGUCUCAGCGCCGUGAAGAGGAUCGUGAAGACCCCGAGGCAGAAGUCCGAGCCCAUGGAGGACCUCAGGGGGAAACUGCUGAAGACUCCCAGAGUGCAGAAGGUCACUGGAGAGAUUAAUCUAGAGGGUGUCGAGCAGCUCCUGCAGACCCCUAAACGGAGGGAGGUACCGGUCAGUGCCGUUCCAGAGGUGGUUGUCCAGGAAACUCGGGCCACCCCGGAAGAAACCAUCGCUCCCGUGGUGGAGGUUGAGGAAAAUCUGGCAGCCCCUGUGGAAACCAUCGCUCCCGUUGAAGAGGUGGUGGUUGAGGAAACUCCACUGGCAACCCCUGUGGAAACCAUCGCUCCUGUUGAAGAGACGAUGGUUGAGGAAACUCCACUGGCAACCCCUGUGGAAACCAUCGCUCCCGUUGAAGAGGUGGUGGUUGAGGAAACUCCACUGGCAACCCCUGUAGAAACCAUCGCUCCCGUUGAAGAGGUGGUGGUUGAGGAAACUCCACUGGCAACCCCUGAAGAGUUGGUUGUUGAGGAAACCAUCGCUCCCGUUGUAGAGGUCUUUGUCGAGGAAACCAUCGCUCCCGUUGUAGAGGUUGUUGUGGAGGAAACCAUCGCUCCCGUUGUAGAGGUGGUGGGGGAGGAAACCAUCGCUCCCGUUGUGGAGGUGGUUGUUGAGGACACCAUCGCUCCCGUUGUAGAGGUGGUUGUUGAGGAAACCAUCGCUCCCGUUGUAGAGGUGGUGGGGGAGGAAACCAUCGCUCCCGUUGUGGAGGUGGUUGUUGAGGACACCAUCGCUCCCGUUGUAGAGGUGGUUGUUGAGGAAACCAUCGCGCCCGUUGUGGCGGAGGUGAUUGCGGUAGUUCUGGCAACCCCUGAAGAAACCAUCGCUCCUGUUGUAGAGGUGGUGGUUGAGGAAGCUCUGACAACCCCUGAGGGAAACACUGCUCCCAUCGAAGAGGUGAUGGUUGAAGAAACUCCUGUUGUUGCUGAUAAACCAACUGAGAAUGCUGAGGAUGGACCGGAAGAUGCCAUUGAGGAAGUCGCCCAGGCAGACAUGGCCACCGAACUUGUCUCUUCUGACGCACCAGUUGCCAUGGAAACCGCCCCCAAGGAAGUCGUGCAAGACAGCGCCCUCCCCGCCGCAGCGCCUUUGAGCAAAUCUCUCCGAGGGAAGAAGGUGAAAGCGACCAAACAGGUCACCAACGAGGAUGCUACAGUGGAGGAACUGACCACCCCGGCCAGGGCAAGACCAGGAAGACCAGCGAAGAAAACCCCAGCGCCAUCUCAGGUCGAAGAACAGAUCCCCGCGAAGAGCCGACGUGGCAAGCUGACGGGGAGCCAGGACGUCGAGGCACCGAUCGUCACCAGCCUCGCUGAGGAGGCUCCAGAGGAAGCCCCUCUAAAGCCCAAAAGGGGGAGAAACGCCAAGCCCGCACCUGCUGCUGAUGCCGUACCAGAGAUCGCCACCACUGAAGAGACCGGCCUUCAGGCUCCUGCAGCCGAUGCCGUCAAAUCGGACACCACCGCACUCCCACCUCCAGUCAAGACACCAGCAACCAGGAAGGGAAGGACCCCCAAGAAGGUGGCUGAACAGCCGAUGGCUGUUCCCCAGCCUGAGGAAGAGUCCGUUCCCGCUGUCAAAGUGGCGAAGCCGAGAAGAGGCCGGAAGGCCGCCCAGCAGGAGCCUCAGGUGGGAGUGAUGGAGGAGGAGGAGGAGGUCAGUGAGGGGGCGGCUGACGAUCAGCCCGAAGAGCCGGCCCCUGUCACGGUGAAGGCCAGACGAGGGAGGAAGGCUGCACCAGAACCCGAGGCGGUCGCCGUUGAACAGGUCGCUGCCGAACAACCGACCCAGGCCCCGGUCCGAGCCAAGAGGGGAAGGUCAAUCAAGGCCAAACCAGAAGAGGAGGCGGAGGUAGACAUCCCGGUCCUUCCAGAGGCUGUUGUGAAGCAGCUGCCUGAGAAAUCAAGGAGAUCAAAGAAGACCAAGCAAGAGUCUGUUGAGGAGGAGGAGGAGGCCUCCGAAGAGCUCCAAGUGGUGGAGAGUUCGGCCCCUGAGAAGGUGAAGGCUCCGUCUAAAGCCCGGGGAAGAAAGGCCAAGCAGCAAGAGGAGGCGGAAGAGACCCCUGUGGAGUUGGCUGUUGUCGCUGAGGUGGUCGAAGAACCCACCGCAGCCCCGGCUGAAAAACCCAAGAGAGGAAGGCGGCCAACAAAAGCUGAGGAGCCAGAGACGGUAGUCCCUACUACCACGGAGAAGCCGAAGCGAGGAGGAAGGAGAGCGAAGACCGUUGUUGUCGAGGAGGAAGUCACCGAGCUUCCAGAGGAGACUGUGGAACCUGAGCCGGUUCAAGAGGAGACCACCGAGUCAACCAGCAGCUCCCUGGCCCAACAGCCGGAGAAGGUUAAGGCGACGAGGGGUAAGAGGGCUGCUGUGACGGUCCCAGCCACGGCGGCAGUCAAGAGGGGUCGUCGUGGUGCCGUGGAGCCCCCCCAGGAGGAGGCUGUCGUCGUAGAAGCGGUCGCUGCCGUCGCCUCGCGGCCCGCGGCUCGCGGAAGGGCAGGCAAACGGGGAACAGUGGAAACGGCUGAUGUUCCAGAGGAAGUGCCCGCAGAGGAAGAGGAGGAAGAAAAGGUCCAGCCCAAAAAGGGAAGAGUCUCAAAAAAGACCAAGUCUACACCCAAAGACCAGGAAUCCUCAAGUCCAUUGGAGGACGAGGUGACUGUUACUCCUGAGAUUCCAACCACAGCGCUUGUGGUCAAGGCCACUCGUGGCAGGAAAGCCGCUGUCGCAGCCGCUCCCGAGAAGGCGGUCCCCGUGGUCGCGGCCAAAAGAAACGUGUCCAAGGGCCAGAGCAAAGCUGAAGAGGAGGAUCUCUCAGUGCCUGUGAAGCGCACCAGGAGAGGCACCAAGGUUUUAUAGGCAGCUCAACCAGUUUACUACCUUUUCUAUUCUAUUAUAACAGUUCACUGGUAGUCUGCAGAAUGUGCUUUUGUCUUAAUGUUGUUGUUUUUUCAUACAUGUAUAUUGCUUUUUGAUUUUAUCUAAUGAUUCUUUUUUAGUUUUGUGAGAAACGUUUUUAAAAUAAAUUACAAUUUCAAAGAUUG